CUUGGCAUGGCCAUGAGCCUACUACCUUUCCUAGAACCACCCCUUUUACAGCUGUCUUUUGGUUUCUCUUUUAGUUACGUUAUCAUGACAAAGGUUGACCCACUAAAGAAACCAGUUAUUCACUCAGAAGGUGUCCAGUGUGACAGACUCGAUCACUCAUUCUUAAAUCAGCUAUCGCAACUCGGUUAAAUCCACACAUUUGCUUAACUAGUGUCUUAACUACUGACUUUUUUUCAGUCUACCUUUUCCCCCCGAGUGCCAUUUGAGGAUGGAAUAUCUCAAGCUUACCAAGGAGAGCCAGUUGAGGGAGCUGCUCACGUGCCCGGUAUGCCAGGACAUCUUUGAAGAUCCGCACCAGCUACCCUGUGGACACAGCCUCUGCAUGCGGUGCUUGGAUGGCAUGCUUAAGCAUCGACCCCUAGCUCAGCCCUUCUCCUGCCCCACCUGUAGGGCGUGCUUUGGACCUCUCAUUGGUGUGCACAAGAGUUACACUUUACACAGCGUUGUGGAGGACUUCAAUGCACAGCAGGAAAAACAACGAGACCAAAGAGAACAGUCCACUCAGACUGAUCCUGUUGCUGAAAGAACUCAUCAUGCCAACUAUAACUGCAUCCUGUUUCUACUGCUGGCUAUCAUAUUUAUAUGUAUUAGCAAAGCUUUCAUGUGCUCUGUGGAGAAUCACACUCUUACUGAAACAGUACAGAGACAACGCACUUUACUUCUUAAGUAUCACCCAGAGAUUACUGACCUCAUCCUGAACAAAGACUCGGCCAGCCCCUAUCUGGUGGUGUCAGAGGACCUCCUGUCGGUCUGGCGGGUCAAGGACAAAAAGGACUACCCCCAACACCCUGCCCGCUUCACUGAUGCGCCCCAGGUCCUGUCCACCGAGUGUGUGUCUGGAGGGAGCCACUACUGGGAGCUGGAGGCCCAGGGCUACUGGGACAUUGCUGUAGCCUAUGAGAGCAUCAACAGGAGGCUGAAGUUGAGCUCCUUUGGAAAUGACGCAAAGUCGUGGAGUCUGACGCACGACAGCAAAGGGCGACUAUUCGCCUUCCACAAGGGCGUGAAAGAGAAGAUCCUAGAAUCCCUGACGCACAACAGAGUCGGGGUGGUCGUUGAUUUCGAGAAAGGUGCCGUCGCAUUCCACGAGGUGGGCCACAUGUGGAACCACCUCCACACGUUUAAAACUAAUCUCACUGGGCCUGUGUGCCUCGGACUGGGCCUGUACCGAGAAGACCUGCACACCAAGAUCUCAGUCAAGAAGACCCUCACUUAAGUGUUUGUUUCUGAGAUGGACGAAGGAGCAGUUGUCCUCUGUUAAAUCACCUCACAAAAAACCCUACAAUCCUGCAUGGUCAAUAUGUUUGAUAUAGAGUCAAUCCUCUAUAUCAAUAUGUUUGAUAUAGAGUCACCACACUGCCACCUGUGGUUGUAUAGAGUAACCUGUGGUAGCUCUAUACAAAACAUAUU